CAGAAAUGGCAAUAAUAAUGAAUGGACGCAGGGCACCCAAGCUCUUUGGCAGGGAGAGGUCAAUCCAUGAGGCCCUUGGUGGACGCAGAGCGGCGGACAUCGUCCUGUGGAGGGACAAGAUGGUGUCGGCGUCCAUCCUCGCUGCCGCGACGGCGGCGUGGGGUUUGUUCGAGGUGGCGGAGUACCAUUUCCUCACGCUGGUCUGCUACGUCGCCAUCAUCGGCAUGCUCAUCUUCUUCAUAUGGUCCAAUGCUUCCGCUUUCUUCAACGUACCGGUUCCCAAGAUCCCUGAAAGUCUCCUGUCAGAGAGGAGCACGAGGCAAAUGAUCCUGGCCUUGGACAGCAGGCUAACCAGGUUGGUGUACAAGCUCUACGAGAUCGCUUGCGGAAAGGACAUCAAAAUGUUCAUCUUGACGGUGCUCUCGCUCUUCGUAGCGUCAGUGGUUGCGAGCUGCUUCAGCUCCCUGACUCUCCUCUACCUCGUUGUGUUGUGCACGAUGACGCUGCCGGCACUUUACGAGCGCUACGAGAGCGAGGUCGACCACCUGGUGGCGAAAGGGGUGCAAGACCUGAGGAGCCACUUCGCCGAGAUGGACUCUGGUGUUCUCAGGAAGAUCCCAAGAGGCACAGGAGCUGCUGCCAAGUAAUCAAGGAUCUAGACCACGACAGAUUGGAUCUAACUGACAUAUGAUGUAUGCGUACAUAAUUGAAUUAAGAACGCAGGGUACUGAUCUGUGGCGUUCUCAAGAGAAAGGUCUCAAUUCAGUUGUAUGCAGAAAAUGCAGACAAGUUCAGAACAUGACCUGAAAACUGACGCUAUACUGUACUUACGGUGACUAUAAAUCUUAACCUUUUAUUUUCCACGGGCAUGGUG